CCGGAAGUUAUUUAAAUAAUAUGAAUCAUCGUUUAGCCUAAUGCUAUUGCAGCCUAGCUUGUCGACCAGUUGGCAACUAUAUAAAGACUAGCGCAACCCAUCUCCUUGCGCUUAAUGUUUUGUUUGAUCAUCCUUCCAUUUGUGACCGUCAUGGCUAUCAAUGACUUUGAAACAGUAGACGCCAACAUACUCGAUAUGGCCAUGGCUGCACUUGCUUCUGAGCCCGGAGGCCGCGCCGUGGUGCCCUCUUACGAGGCCAUCCUUAGUGCCCACCAGUCCAUUCAUCUUACCCGGGACGCCAAGCGACUCUACUGGACCUUGAGCGGCCCGCUGAGCACUGCCAUCUGGGUUAUGGAGGAGACUUUCUACCAUCCAGACUUUCCCCUGGAGCCCUACUACUGCCCAGCAACGUCAGAGAUGGGUGCUGCGAGCUGGUCGCCAGUGUCACAGUCGCCAUUGACUGACCCCAAGAUCUCCUCGGUCACCGUGCGCGUCGACCACCUUGAAAACUGGGAGGAUCAGUGGUACGACGUCCACCGAGAGCAUACAGAACCCGAUUGGGACCACAAUGAGAAUGAUAUGUUCCGUUGGGGGCACCUCCUAGACUACGACCCGGACGAGGACGAGGAUGGACCAGAGCAUUUGUUGAAGUGCUGUGGAGAGGAGAGGCCGCGAAAGAAAAGUACUUCUCUGUUAGUGGAAGCCAAAGGAGGCUUUGUCACUAUUCACGACUACGUCUCGGCGGUUCAUCCCUGGUUGAUGGGCUUGCGUAAUGACAUCUUGCAGGCCGCGGGAGAUGUUCUGGACUCCGUGCCAUUGCCACCAAACACCAAAUUGAUGGUAAAUUAUCCUGGGCCGGAUAGCUUGGCGGUGGCAGAGGAGAAGCAGUGGUUUCAAGCGCGCAAAAGGACGCUUUCUCACUACUACAUAAUGGCACGAAUGAGUUUAGCAGAGCAGAUGAAAUGGCGUUCUAGGAACAUGUAGUUUUGUGACCUUUAGAAAGGUUAUGAUAUUUGAGGGAUAGUGAAAAUGAAAAUAGUGAAUUGACCGAUUA